AUGCUGCCUGGAGAGGAGUGCUGGAUUCCCAUGGUCUCAACGGCUCCAAUGACGAUGGCCUGCUCCUCCUACGAACCUGCGCAGAACACCAGCUCAUCCUGGCUAACACCUACGUCCGCCACCCGUUGCGAUAUAAGGCCACCUGGAUGCACCUUUGGCCGCGACACUGGCACCUGCUGGACUAUGUCCUCGUCCGAAGGCGAGAACAGCGGAACGGGCUGGUGACAAAGGCGAUUCCGGGUGUCUACGGGUGGACCGACCAUCCAGGAUGAGGAUUCGCCGACAACCUCACAGGAGGUCUCAAGGUAAGCGAUCACCUGGUAGGCUGAAUGUUGCUUUGCUGUCUUUGCCUGUUCACCAUCUCCAUUUCAGCAAUGAACUAGGUCAAAGGCUAGCCAGUCUUCAAGUCGCCGCCGCCGCCGUUAACGAGAACGCCUCCGUGGAGAACUGAUAGUGUCAACUGCGGGACACGGUCCAAUCGACGGUCCUGGCUGUCCUCGGUCGCGCACGUCGCCAACACCAGCAACCUGCUCGCCGAGAAGAACAGCCUGCACAAAGCCUACGUCACCCGUCCCACCGACGACAAGGCAGCCUUCUACUGUAAUCGUCGCCUUGUGCAACAGCGGCUGCGGGAGAUGCAGGAUGUUUGGACUGCUCGCAAGGCCAAGGAGAUCCAAGGUUACGCGGUUCGCAAUGAAUGGAAGGUUUUCUUCUUCGCGAUCAAAACUGCUUACGGUUCGCCAACCAAAGCAACUGCUCCUCUUCUCAGCGCUGACGGCAAUACCCUACUUACCGAUAAGAUACAAAUUCUUCAGCGAUGGGCCGAGCACUUCAGAAACGUCCUCAACAGCCUCUCCAGCAUCUCCGACGCCGUCAUCGCCCGUGUGCCUUAA